AUGGAGUGCAAGUUCUGCAAGUCCGGCAAGACCAACCUCUGCGGAAAGAUCCGAGCCACCCAGGGCAAAGGUGUCAUGCCUGACGGCACGUCGCGAUUCAAGUGCAAGGGCAAGGACCUCCUCCACUUCAUGGGAACGUCGACGUUCUCCCAGUACACCGUGGUCGCCGACAUCUCCGUUGUCGCCGUCCAGCCAGAAGCCCCUAUGGACCGAACCUGUCUGCUGGGCUGCGGUAUCACCACCGGUUACGGUGCUGCGAGAAUCACAGCCAACGUCGAGGAGGGAUCCAACGUCGCCAUCUUCGGUGCCGGCUGUGUCGGUCUUUCGGUGGUGCAGGGUGCAGUCAUGCAGAAGGCCGGCAAGAUCAUCGUUGUCGAUGUCAACCCGACGAAGGAGGAGUGGUCGAAGAAGUUUGGCGCAACUGACUUCGUGAACCCUACCAAGCUGGGCGACCAGUCCGUUGUAGACAAGCUCAUCGAGAUGACCGACGGCGGCUGUGACUACACGUUUGACUGCACUGGUAAUGUGGGUGUGAUGCGUGCUGCCCUCGAGGCCUGCCACAAGGGCUGGGGUCAGAGUAUCAUCAUUGGUGUUGCCGCUGCUGGCCAGGAGAUCGCGACUCGCCCAUUCCAACUGGUGACUGGUCGUGUAUGGAAGGGCUGUGCCUUUGGUGGCGUAAAGGGGCGAUCGCAGAUGGAAGGUCUCGUGGCCGACUAUCUGGCGGGCAAGCUCAAGGUGGACGAGUUCAUCACCCACCGAGAACCUCUGUCGAAAGUCAACACCGCUUUCGAGCAGAUGAAGGCAGGAGACUGCAUUCGGUGCGUCGUUACCAUGAAGGAGUGA